CAUACCUCACCUCCUCACUUAUCCUUCGCUCCAGUCACAUCUUAUUUCACCACUCCACCUCACCUCCAUUCACCUACGCACAACUCCAUUCACCUCACUCUUCACCUACUCACACCUCUACUCACCUCACUGUUCCUCACCUACUGUCACCUCUACUGACCUCAUCUUCACCUCCUCACUCCUCCACUCACCUCCUCACUUCUCACCUCCUCUUCUCACCUCCUCACCCCUCCACUCACCUCCUCACUCCUCCACUCACCUCAUUCCUCCACUCACCCCUCACUCCUCUUUGGUGGUUGUGGUGGUGAUGGUGGUAACUAUGGGCUCGCCUCCCCAUCAACAAGAGGCGAGGAAUGGUGGUGGUGGUUGUAAGGCCGAUGAGUCAAACGCCUUCUAUAACCUCCUAUUCCAGGUGUUAGCUAAAGUGGCCCCUCGGGAUAGAGUCAUCAUGUUACGUGACUGUAAUGCCCAAGUGGAUUAUGACGCAGAUACCUGGGUUGGAGUGAUGGGAAGGCAUGGGCCAGAUCAGCUCAAUAAUAACGGAAGGAGGCUGCUAGACUUCUACGCAGCCCAUGGGCAUAUAAUAACGAACACGUUGUUCUGGCAUCGGCACAUCCACACAACAUCAUGGAUGCACGCCGAGUUUGGACUAUAUAAUUACGGACCAGCGGAUGCAAGCCCAUGUCCUUGACACCAGGACCUACCGUGGAGCUCAUCUGCCCACUGACCAUCGACUUGUCAUCUGUAAGAUGUGCCUGCCAUUCUUCCACUCCAGGUGUGGCGUGCUAAGUAUGCCCAUGACUCUGCGUUCCACCCGGAAACCGGGGAGAAGAUGCUGCUCAUCGGCCGCAUGUCAGCCCAGGUCCCGGCCAACAUGACCAUCACAGGCUGCAUGCUCACUUUCUACCGAUCGACCCCGGCGGUGGUUUUCUGGCAGUGGAUCAAUCAGUCAUUCAAUGCCAUCGUCAACUUCACGAACCGCAGCGGAGUCGCACCCAUGAGCACCACGCAGCUGGCAAGCGCAUAUAUUUGUGCCACAUCGGGAGCCGUGGCUACCGCGCUGGCACUGAAGUCCCUCGCCAAGACGCUGCCGCCCAUCAUGGGGAGAUUGGUCCCCUUCGCCGCUGUCGCUGCCGCCAACUGCAUCAACGUCCCCUUCAUGCGGCAGAGGGAGCUGAUUCAUGGUGUCUCCGUGGCUGAUGAACACGGAGUCCGUGUCUCUGAGUCUCGCAUCGCCGCACGCUCCGCCAUUGCUCAGGUCGUCUUCUCCCGCGUGUGCAUGGCCCUGCCGGCCAUGGCCAUUCCACCAGUCAUCAUGAACACGCUUGAGAAGACACCUCUCCUCAAGCGGAUACCAUGGAUAGGAGCUCCUGUGCAAGUUGCCUUGGUUGGACUCUGCCUGGUGUUCGCCACACCACUUUGCUGCGCUCUCUUCCCACAGAACAGCUCCAUGCCGGUGUCGUGCCUGGAGCCCGAGGUGAGGGUGGAGAUCUGGAGCAAGAAUCCCAAACUAUGUGUGGUCUUCUUCAACAAGGGUCUAUAGCGGCCUCCAGUGGAGCUAGGAGAGUGGUGCCCCCACACUGUAUGUUAUGCAGGCCCUAUCUCCAUGAAGCUCUGUCUGUAGGCCUCAUCUCUUUAAGAUAUUUUUCUUCUCUAUCUAGGCUCCUUGAGGCCCUGUCUCUCAACCUGUGCGUAGGCCAUUUCCAUGAGGGCCUAUCUGCAGGCCUAAAUUUUAUGGGUUUGUAUCCUGUUUCUUUGAGAGCUCGUGUCUGUAUUUUUCUUAUCUUUGAGGCUUUGUAGGCCUCAUUUCAAAUGCACACUUAUCUGCAGGCCCUGUCUGCCCCCAGCGAGCAGCCACUGCGACGUCUCUGUCGUGUGCUUCCCGUGUGAAUCGACUUCCGCCCUGGUUAAUACCACGGUGCCUAGUAACCGUGCAAAUAUCAUGUGCUUAUAGGCUUGAUACUGGACGAUUAAGAUCCUCCAGCAUAAUUUCCAAGAGUAGGCCAUUGUGUGCUGGCGUGUCAGUCAAAAUGUUAAAAAUAACACCGUGAUCUACUCAAUUGGAAUCUGCAUAGCAAUCUCCCCCUAAAAUUGGGGGCGUUGAUUGGAAAAGAUCUUGAGAAUCGGUGAAGAUUUGAGGAAUAAUUACAAAAUAUGAGUAAGAGUGUAUUAACGUCUAAAUAGCAGAGUACAAGCGUUUUGUUGUUUAACGUGGUUUCUGAGCAGUGGCCCAAAACGUCAAGCGGUCAGCAACAAACAGCACUCUCAAAAGGUUGUAUAGAAAAGAUUCAACACGAGCCGAGAAUUGAGGGACGGUGCAGGUUUCCCCAGGGCCCCGGGUUCUGCCGGGGCCACGGGUUCCCCCAGGGCCAGUGCGACCUUGUGCCCUGCCUGGUUUGGAUGUUAAUGUAAUCUCAAAAUCAAACUGUGCAGUUUCAUCCAAUGUCAGUCUGUCCUGGCUGUGCGGCAUCCACACCCCACCUCGCCGAAAUUGCCUGUCCACUGCUGGCAAUAGGCUCGUGUCGCGUACAGAUCUUUCGAACCAUUAAUAAAAUUUGUUUAUCUGUGAAGACAAAUGUGAGGUGCUAUGUAUAAUGCACAUUACACACACACAAAGCCUACACAAACCACCCCUGCGAUCUUCAGCUUCCCCAGACUGUCACCACCGUGGUGCCUCAUGGUGCUGUUGUAUUUAUGCCCCUUUUUCCAAAUUCAUAUUAAGAAUAAUUCAGCCAAUAAUAUUUUUUAAUAAU